UUGCGCCAUGAACUUAGGAGAUGGUUUAAAGCUUGAAACUGAAUUAUUGGAUGGAAAAACCAAGCUAAUACUGUCUCCAUAUGAACAUAAAUCAAAAAUUUCUGUAAAGGUUGAAUUACUGUCGUGUACAUAGUGUGCUCUUUAAACACUGAACUCUAUCUCAUCAUCAUGAAGUUUAACAAACUGUGGUCAGAGUACUUUAAUUCUUUCAAAAUCUCUCCUGUACUUUUCUUUAAUCUGUGGUAGUAAAUAUGAAGUAAAGAUGGUUACCAGUCUAAUUUCUUAAGCUUUUAUAGAAAGAUAAAUGAGAGAAAUAUUAAUGAUUCAGUGUCAUGGGUAAUUUAUACAUUCUGACCUCAAAAUUAUCUCACAAUUAGUUGAAAUAUAAAACAUCUUAAAAUUUUUGCAGGUAUUUCUAUGUGUGAGAGUCAAUAGUAACACACUAAAAGAUGUAUACAAUAUUAGUGCUAGGUAGCACAUUUUAUAUUUUAAAAUGUUAAUCUUCUCUGAUUCUUUCUGGCGUUGGGAUCCUGGCCCCAUAUAAAUUGUGAAGUUGGCCAGCGUUAAAUGCGUUGGACGCUGUCUUUAUAUAUUUUUUUAAUAUUAGGAAAAGUACUGGUACAAUCAAAACUAGGUAAGAGAGCAGCAUGCUACCUAAAAAUGUUUAUGAUGUGAAGACCUAUUUGAUGUAUUAAAAUUCAUCUAAUCCAGUAAACACUUGGGAGAUGAUUUGGGCUAGAGAUUGCUUUUUCCUAUUAAUUAAGCUGAACAUAAUUGAAUAUUUAUUUGGUAGUUCAUGGAUUUUUUUGCUGCCUCCACUCAUUGCUCUUCUCUGGCAUUAAGCUACAAAUGUAUUCAGGAUUGAGCUGCACGUAUAUUGAUCUCAUGCCAGACAUUGCUACCCCCCUUUUUUAUUACAUAAUUUUUAGAUGACUUUUUCUGUAUGUUACUUCUGAUUUAAGUGGAAUGUGGCAAAAUAGUUCUAGUUAAAUUGGAGCUCCAAUUAAUAGGUUUCUGUUUAACAAGGAUUUACUGCAGCUGUAAAACUCCAUAUGUGUGUACAGCUCCAUUCUUGGCUUUAUUUGUUCUGUGACUGAGAGAAAAAUGGAGUAAAACCUAGUCCAUGUUUCCUAGAAGCAGGGGUGUCAGUCAGGUAAAUAACUAUAUAAUACAAGUACAAUAAAAUGUGUGCCAUACUAGGGUUAUAAAAAGAAGAAAACUGUGGAAAGCAGGUCUUUGUGGUUAAGGGAGACAGGGAAUGCUUCAUAAAUGAGGUGACACUUUAAUUAGAACUUAAAAGGUGAAGGAGAUUUUCAUAGUGAAAGAAGUAGGGUGGUAUAUUCUAAACUCAGAGAAAAUAGUGGGCAAAAAUACCAAGGUACAAAACAAUUUGCAUUUGGGGGAUAGUGUGUAUAUCAGCGGGGAGUGUAGAACAUAAAACUUAGGGAGGGUGGUUACAAUCACAAGGAGUUUAAAUGUAUACACAGAGGGUUUGAACUUAUUUGAUUUGCAUGUAGGGAGCAUUAAAGAAUUUUUGAAAAGUAGACUAGAUAUGAUUUGUGUUGUAGGAACGGGCUUCAGGCAAUUCUGUGAAGGACAGAUUAUCAUAACAGGGACACUACUUAAGGGACAAUUAUAUUAGUCCAGGGAGAGUCUUAUGAGACCCUGAAGCAUGGUGGCUAGCAGAAUGGAAAGAAGGGGACAAAAUUGAGAGACUUUUAAGAUACGUUUAGGGAAUACACUACACUUCUUAGCAGUUUGAGUGAGAAACUGAUUAGAGAACUGAAAUACUCAGCUGUUAAUGAUCCCAAAAAUGUCAGUAUGAGUCAAAGAAGGGUAGGAUUAGUAAUAGCUGUAGUCGUUGGAGACUGGGGUGGAGCUUAGCUCUGUAACCUACGUGUAGUCUGCUGAUAAUUUGCCUAAUCCACACAGUGGUUUUCAAAAACUAGAAUGAAUUGUGAGUGUCUAAAAAAAUGGAACUUUUAAGGUAAAAUAUGGCAUUCUUGGUUCUCUUGAAAUACUGGAUGAUCUAGCAAGUAGACUGAGAUUCCUCUUUGGCAAUGUAGGCUGCUUCUGAGGGGUGGCUGCCUCCUUUAGACAGAAAAGUGCUCUUCAAUUAUCCUAGUUCCCACCCAGGCUAAUUUACACUACGUAUUUAAAUUUGCCACCUCUCAUUUAGAGUUAGUUAUAUAAAAAUAGCCACAGAGAUAGGAGGGUAAAAGCGCAUUUUAGAUUGUGGUAUUGGUCUUAUCGAAAGUCUAAAGCCUGGAAUAAAAGGGUAUAGGUGAGGUGAAGAGGGUAAGAAAGAGAUUUUUACUACUGAUAAUACAGGUACAUUUUGAAAAGAAAGGUAAAAUGGGGUUGAUUCAUUGGUCAAAGUGUGGUUGUGUAUUAUGUCAUUUUUGAAAGACAAGGACAUUGGGAUAUGAUAAGCCAGAUGAAAGCCAUGUGGCAUCUACCCCACUCCUUGAUAACAAGAAUCUUGUCUUACUCAUUUUAUACCUCCAACGUCUUUCCCAUAGUGUUGCUCACCUAAAAAGCAACACUUAGUAUUUAUUGAAUGACUGUUGAAUUAUUUUAUGUUAGAUGGGUUUGCAGAAAUGUACAGUUGGAUAGAUUUGAGAUAAGCUGUAAUCAGUAGUGUGGUAAUGAAAACCUGAAUUUAGGUGUAUUGUCAUGUAAAAGGGGAGAAAAAGAUAUUUGGAAGGAAGAAAUGACCAGUACUUGCUGGUAAGCUAAAGAAGACCGUGAAGGAGGAUAAAGAGUCAAAGAUGACUCUAUGGUUGCUGGUCUGAAAGACUAGAACAACAGUGCUACAGAAAUGAGAUAUUUUGGAAAGGGGAGCUAAUUUGUGGGAGAGAGAUAAAGAAUCCAGUCUUUAAAAUGGUAUGGUUGAAGAUAGUAAUUCAACAAAAAUUUACUGAAACCUACCCUGUUCCACUGACUGUUCAGAUACUGGGGACACAGCAGUAGACAAAGCAAACAAAAAUCUCUGCCCUGGGCUUCCCUGGUGGCACAGUGGUUAAGAAUCUGCCUGCUAAUGCAGGGGACACGGGUUCGGGCCCUGGUCCGGGGAGAUCCCACAUGCCGCGGAGCAACUAAGCCUGUGUGCCACGAUUACUGAAGCCCGCGCGCCUAGAGCCCGUGCUCCACAACAAGAGAAGCCACGGCAAUGAGAAGUCCGCGCACUGCAACAAAGAGUAGCCCCCGCUUGCUGCAACUAGACAAAGCCGCGGGCAGCAAUGAAGACCCAAUGCAGCUAAAAAUAAAUAAAAUAAAUAAAUUAAAAAAAAAAUCUCUUCCCUGUAGUGUUUACGUUAGAAAAAGGUGGGAACUUCCCUGGUAGCGCAGUGAUUAAGAAUCUGCCUGCCAGUGCAGGGGACACGGGAUCCAUCCCUGGUCUUGGAAGAGCCCACAUGCUGCGGAGCAACUAAGCCCGUGUGUCACAACUACUGAGCCUGUGCUCUAGAGCCCACGAGCCACAACUACUGAAGCCCGCACGCCUAGAGCCCAUGCUCCGCAACGAGAGAAGCCACUGCAGUGAGAAGCCCACGCUCCGCAACGAGAGAAGCCACUGCAAUGAGAAGCCCACGCACCUCAAAGAAGAGUAUCCCCGCUUGCCACAACUAGAGAGAGCUCGUGCACAGCAAUGAAGACCCGAUGCAGCCAAAAAUAAUAAAUUUUUAAAAAAGUGGAAUGGGCAGAAAAUAAUCAAAAUAAAUAUAGAAUAUUACAGGACAAAAGUGCUAUAGAGAAACAUGAGAGAAAGGGAAGGGGCAUGGUCAUUUCAGGGGCAUGGUAGCCUUGGGAAAGUGGGGAGUGCUAGGGAGGUGGGAGUGAAGUUAGAGCAGGAAGCCUGCAAUUUUUAAUAGGGUGUUCAGAGAAGACCUCACUGAGCCAGUGAUGUUGAGCCAAGAUUUGAACAUGGUGAGUGAAUGAGCCAUGUGACUACUGCUAAGGCCUAUGACUGGAGGUUCUUAUUGAAAUUGAGAUUAUUACAGUUAUGGGUAGUUACAAGGUCAGUAUAAGAUAUCACUGUGGCAAUGAGUAACUGAGGUAGCAUGGAAGACAAGAGUAUAGGAACAGAGGCCAAGGAAAUGAGGCCAGGGUAUUGAAAGAACAUGAAAGCACCAAUAAUUAAGACAGUUAGGUUAGAGUGAGGGAUGGUGACCCACAAGCUAAGUUAUUCAAGGAAUAAGGGCUAGUAACCUACCGGUGUAUAAAUGCCUGUAAAGAAAGAUAGUGUGGGUGUUAGAAUCAUGACAUGAGAUUCAAAGCUGAAGCAGAAUGGACUGUAAACACCUAGAAUAAAAGUUGUGAUGUAAUCUUCAUUAUCCUGAAAUAAAAUAAUAAUUUCCAGUUGUUAAUGAAGCUUUCAAGUGGAGAUUUGCGAAGGUUGAGUGUUAGUUUCUUAUGGAUAUAUUAUCUAACUAGCAAAAUGAGAAAAAAAAGUUUCGAAGCCUGACUUAUCACUGACUAUAUAAAGAUAAUUGUUGAUUUUUCGUGGGCUCUUGUAAAGAAUAAAUUUCUGGUGUUUUAGCAGAUGGGAAAUAAGACCAAGAUUGCAAAAUGUCCUUUAAGAAAUAAACAAACUGGAUACAUUCUGAAAUCACAAAAUACUUGUGUCAGGAGUGAAAAACUUUCGCAAAAGAAGAGAAUUGGUUCAGAAACUUCAUUGGCAAAAAGUGAAAAAAAUAGUAUGACUUUUUCACCCACUAAGGAUUUAUGCAAGCAGUAUGCAGAUAAAGACCAUCUUCAUAUCCAGAAAGAAAUUUCACCUGCAACCCCUAAUAUACAGAAGACUAGAAACAGCAUAAAUGCAUUUGUAGUAGCUAAACAGAAGCCUUGCAAAAAGCACAUCACAGCUGAAAAUGUGAAGAGCAGUUUGGUGUGUCUAACACAAGGCCAACUACAACAGAUUUUGAUGACUGUAAACCAAGGAAAUAAAUCAGUUUCCCUGACUGAGAAUGGAAAGAAGGAGGAAACAAGUCAGUAUAGUCUAAAUUUAAACAAUAUUCCUGAUCAGCCAAAGGAUGAGAACAUCAUGGGACUUCCGCAGAAAACUGAGGCCAUUUCAUCUGUUCAGGAUGAAAAAAAGUCUGUUUUAAAUGAAAAUCAGGUGACGUCUAAUCAGUAUGAGCAGAAAAUUGCCACAGAGAAUAUAUGGAAACCAGCUGACAUAUUCAGUACUCUGGGAGAAAGAGAACGUGAUAGAGGUUUGUUGGAAGCAAAAAAAGCCCAGUGGAGGAAAGAGCUUGAUGAACAGGUUGCUUUAAAGAAGAAAGAAAAAGACGCAUCUGAAAAAUGGAAUAAUCCAUGGAAAAAAUCUGAAAGUGAUAAAAUAGUAUGGGAAAAACUUCAAAUUCUCGAUCAGGCUAAGGAAGCAGUACUGACGGAGCGCCCUUUCAGUGCUGUGAAACAAGAACAGCAGAGAAAAUGGAUUGAAGAGUUGAACAAGCAAAUAGAGGAUGACCGGCAAAAAAAAGUAGAGGAAAAAAUUAUAUCUUCAAAGGGUGAGGAGCGUGACAGAUGGGCAAUACAUUUUGAUUCAUUCAAGAGCUGUCCUGGUUCUCAGUCUCAGCUGUCCUCUCGGUCAACACAAACACAACCAGAGUACUUCUGUGUCUCUCCGGACGCUCAGGACCUGGCUGAUAUCAGCAGUCUGUAUACACCUACAACGGGAAGCCAGGUUGAACCUUCAGAGGAGGAGCACGUAGCAAGACCUGUUAGAGACGUGGCUGUGGAAAGCAGUAAGAAAAGGAACUUUCUCCGUUCUAUGACUGCUCUUUUGGACCCAGCUCAAAUUGAGGAACGAGACAGGAGACGACAAAAACAGUUAGAACAUCAGAAAGCCAUCACUGCUCAGGUAGAAGAGAAGCGCAAGAAGAAGCAGCUUGAAGAAGAGCAAAGAAAGAAGGAGGAACAAGAGGAGGAGCGUCGUUUAGCACGGGAACAAGAAGAGAUGCAGAAACAGUAUGAAGAAGAUAUACUUAAGCAAAAACAAAAGGAAGAAAUCAUGACCCUUAAGACAAUUGAACUGUUCCAGACGAUGCAGAGAGCGCAGGAGUUGGCACAGAGACUGAAACAAGAACAGAGAAUCCGAGAAUUGGCUCAAAAGGGACAUGACACUUCUAGAUUGAUUAAAAAUCUUGGCAUUGAUACAAUACAAGUGGAAUAUAAUGCAUCUACUGACAACAUUGCAAAUUCAGGACAUGGCUUGGAUAAAAUCAGUGGUAAAAUGAAUGCAUAUAUCAGCUCUACAGCCUCUCCGAGGAAGGACACUGGUGUGCAAACGGAUGAUUUAAAUGCUGGAAUAUUUACCAAUAUAGAAUCAUGCUGUGGAUCGGUAAUAGAGAGGGAAAUUAUAAACUGUUCAUCUCCUGAGAUUCCUGCAGAAUUUAAUGAACAGUUUAACACUAGGAAGAACAAGCAAGAACUAGUAAGUCAUGAUAACGGAGCCAACUUAGAAAAAGAAAACAGUUUUAAUGACCAGUGUAAUCAGUUCACAAGAACAGAGAAACAAACAAAACAUAUGAAGAAGUGUCCUAAAAGGCCUGAUUGGAAUAUAAAUAAACCACUGAGACGGUAUAUUCCAGCAUCAGAAAAGUACCCUAAACAGCUUCAAAAGCUGAGAGAAGAAAAAAGAGUAAGAAGGCAGAUGGAACUGCUUCAUUUGGUAGAAAGAAAUAAUCCUGGACACCUCUCUCAAAAUAGAGUCACUUCACCAGAUGUUCUUCAUUCAUCUCAAGAAACUGAACCAAGUUUCAGGUGGCAGCUAGUCAAAAAGGAAGAACCACCUCAGAUAAUUAAUUCUUUCAACAAGGAAAGGUCUCAAUCACCACCAGUUCUGGCAGUGAAAAACAGAACGCAGCAAACUCAGACACUAAAAAACAGUACUUAUGAAAGAGAGGAUCUCAUCUCAGGAGACAGUCAAACAGAAUUAUCACCUGGGUUUUCUGAACCAUUUCAUUUUAUUCCCUAUGUCCGAACCAAUGAGAUCUAUUACCUUGAUCCAGAUGCACCACUGUCUAGGCCUUUAACCCAGGAUCCUCAGUACCAAAAUCUACAUGACUGUGACCAAGAACAGCUUUUUGACCAUCUCAGGGACCCACUUCUUAAUCCUAACUUGGUGAAAAACAGGGAUCGACAGCAAGCAAUCCUUAAGGGACUGUCAGAACUGAGACAGGGCCUUCUCCAGAAGCAAAGAGAGUUGGAAACUAAUCUCAUGCCUUUAGCUGCAAAUCAAGAAGAGAAUUUUAGUUCUUCGUUUUAAAUGUAGAAAAUCAAAUCCUUUACAUUUGAUUUGUCUUCCAAAUUAUGAAAUGUGAGAUUGGUUGUUGCUUAACUGUAUUUAUCAAAUAGCCUAGAUUUCUUUUUAAAAUGCUUAUUUAAAACUUGUACAUUAUGUAGUAAAGUAUGUGUGUAUAUAUAUUUUUUAAAAAACAAUAAAACAAGACACUUGUAAAAAAGUAGUAAAAAAAAAAAAUUUUUUUUCUG